CGCCGCCAAUCAAGUGCGUGAGGUCUGUAACCCUUGGUUCUUGAGCCGUGACUCACUCAUCUAAACAGCCACCUCAAAACUCAUUCACUCGCAAGUCUUGGCCCAUCACUCGUAAUCCUUGUCAAACAUUGGCAGCGAACUUGCCGCAUGCUUCUAUCCUGUGUACGAGGGUGACACCUUGAUUCAUUCGACGUUCGUCUUUGAAUCACGCGGCCCCUGCUACACUGAUCGAGAGAGACACCAUCCGCCCUCGAUCAAGCCUGCCUUUCAGGGAUCCGCUAGCCAAAUGGCAAGCCAAAGUGGAGUGCUUCGGGCAGCCGUGUCGUACCAGAAGCUGCCGGGCACGCUCAGUAUCGACAGCCGUCACCUCUCAUGGGCGCCCUCUUCGAGCUCCUCUUCGGGCUCUUCCCUCCACGUCCCGCUGACUCACAUUGUUGGCCUGAGUGUCUCCAAAGCGGGCGCUAGCACUACUGCGAUGGGUAUUGCACUAUCACCAGAUACGCCCGGUGCCGGAGGCAAGACCAAGGUCAUGCUCUAUUUCACACCGGACACGAACGGCGAUGGUGGAGAAGUGCAGCGGCGAGAUCAAGUCAAGGAUCACUUAAGCCCCAUUGUCGCCGAGAAUAAGGACAGACAAGCCGCGCAGCAAAGCUCUGCAGCUGCAUCACCUGUACCUGCCGCUGCCGCUGCUCCUGAUCCUGCCCACGCCCUUGCCUCCGCAACAGCAGUAUCGGCAACAGUCUCUGGCAAAAGCUCGAGGGCAGCGGCGUCCCCAGCGACUGGACAAUCGUCCACGCCAAAUAACAAGGCGAAGAACAGAGUGACGGAGCUAGACUUGAGGUACAGCGUGCUACGAGCUAAUCCGCAACUCGCUUCGCUGCAUCGCGAUCUGGUCAUGUCGGGAGAGUUGAAAGACGCGGAGUUUUGGGAUCAUCCUACAAGAAAAGCGCUUCUCAGUGCAGAGAGGGCUGCUGCUGAGCAAACAUCGGGGCGCAACGCGCGCAUCGCAGACCCGAGACCAAGGACGGACGAGCGGGGAGAGAUGAGGGUGGAGAUCACGCCACAGCUGAAAAGGGACCUCUUUGAGCAGUAUCCAGUCGUGCGCCGAGCGUGGGAGGAAAAUGUACCCAAGGUGAUGGAUGAAGCCGCAUUCUGGACUCGCUACUUUCAAUCUCGCCUCUACCAUCGCUUGCGUACCUCUGCCAGAUCAGCGGCCAAUGCUCACAUCUUCAGAGAGGAUGACAUCUUUGACAAGUAUCUCGAGCAGAAUGAAGAUGAUCAGAUCGAACCUCGCAAGGAGCACAACGCACACGACGCGCUCCUCGAUCUGGGUGCCACUGCAGAAGAUCACCAGGAGACGGGCAACUUGGCAGACUACACGAUGCGAGGGGGGACAAAGACGGCGCUACCUCUCUUGCGCCGCUUCAAUGAACACAGUGCUAGUCUAUUAGACGAUGCGCUCGGCGCUCAGGAGGAUGCGGAGGGCAACAAAAGGCGCAAGAUUGGUGUUGAUCAAGACUAUGGCGGCGCCACGCACGGGCGCUAUUGGGACAGCAUCCACAUGAUGGAUCUUGACGAGGAGGGCGAGGCAAGAGGCAUCCCAUUAGACCUCACUAGAAAGAAGGGGAUGUUUGAGAAGAGAGCGCGCGGCACCACUGAUCUGGGCCCCGAUGUACUUACCGAUGAGCAACUACAAGCAGCACUCCAUAGCUGUCUUACAGCGCUGCCCUCUGUCUCGAAUCACAAGCUGGGCGAUUUCAAGCCCACGAGCAGCGCUGGCGGAAUGAAGGUAAUGCUGAGUUCGAUCAAGGCCAAAUCAGCCGCGCGCGCGAGCUCGAGGGCCGAAAUCGUGCCUGAUGCUAUCUUGAAGUCGGUGAUGUCGCACCAAGCAGCCGUCAACGAAUUCCUGCGCCAAUACUGGGCGGCCUUGUCACAGCAACCCGCUAGAGCUGCUCGUAUGCUCGGAGCGAUUGGGCGAUUGCGCGAGCAAGGGCUGAAGGUCGAGCAAGAGGCUGAAGCCGCUCUUCCGGGGCAAGGAAGCGAGCGAGUGCGCAUGCUGAUGGCUCCCACGCUACAAGCAGUCACCCGGGCCAUGAGCAUCAGUUCCAAGUCAUCUGUAUAGCAAAUACAAUGUAGUGCAAGAG